GAGGACAUGAAUACGAUAAAAGGACGGUGAAAAAACCUUCCAUACCGAGAGGCGAACUGAUUACAAAGCUUUUAACAGGCCAUUACGGAUAACGAUACAGUCGUUUGAUCAAGUGAUCAAGUUAUUUACUUGUUGUCAAGAAAAGCUGCAAAUAAUUCAUAAAGCAAACACGAGUUGGCGCUUCAGUGUACCGAGGGAUUCAAAUGUUUGGGCACCCCAGGGUGGCUCUCCCCUAAUGAGGGACCAAAUGGCAGCAUGCAAUGAUGAGCAUGCAGAGGUAUGAUGAAAUCCAUGAACAGAAGCCGACUACAGACACCACCUCGCUAUGGUCAUUCUCCAGCCGAUACGAUGGGAGUACCAUCUGCAGACAAGCAUAACAGGUCAAACAAGACCUCAGACUACUUGUUAACCAAUAUCUUAGAAGAGACCAGCUCUGUAGACGACCUGGGGGAUUUUGAGCAGGAGGAACGCUACCUGAAUGAGUGCCUUAGGGCUGCAAAUGGAAGCACUGAAGAUGUGCAGUACAGCGAAGUAGAGGAGUACGACUUUGAUGACUUCAACUCCAUCGCCAGCACUGCAUCUCUGUUAAACCUCAACCAUCCACCUGAUAACCCUCGCACCAGAGCUUUCCCUCCCAAGCCCUUUGCCGUGAUACCACACCCUAAUGGAACUGUAGUCCACCCCCACCCCCAAGGGGAUCAGUACCUUAAUGGUCAUGUGUCAGCUUACCAAAAGUCCAUCUCUAAAGUCGAGAGCUGGGACCAGCUGGGCUGUAUGGCGAGCCAAGAUGACUGGAGAGAAGUGUUACUUAGAGCGUCUGAGGCAGGGGACCUUAUAACUGUGCAAAACGCCGUGUCCCAUCUUGGCACCAGUAGGGAGUGCCUCGUUCACACGCGUGACGUCACAGGCUGCACCCCGCUACACCGGGCAGCACAUGGCGGGAAGCUGAAGUGUCUGCAGUGGCUGGUGAAGCACGCGCCCGCGCACGCCCUGGCUAUAGAGAACAGCGACGGCAGAACUCCUGCUGCCAUGGCAACACAGUCCGGUCAUCAGGAGUGCUUGUCUUGGCUCCUGGAGUCCACCGAGGCUCGUGCGGAAUUGGAGAAGAAGAACUCUUUCACACUCUUGCACUACGCCGCGCAAGCAGGCCAGCAAGAAUGCCUCAAGUACCUGCUGACCGCGCUACGAGGGGCCAACCGAUCCAUAGCCAUAACCGAUAGUAAUGGAGUGACCCCAGAACACCUUGCGGCCCGAGAGGGACAUCUACUGUGCCUUCAGACGCUUGUCGAUUUCAAUGCUGACGUCACUGUCAAGGACAAAGAUGGUUGGACGGCAGCUGACUACGCGUUCAAAGCCGGUCAUACCGGUUGUGCCAAGUACCUUGCCAUGGUGGAGUCGUGCUUUGUGUUAUCUGAGCGAGUCGGGGUGUUAACGCGGGAACUGAACUCAUGCAGACAGGAGAAUGCAGAACUCAGGCGGAGAUUAGAUGUUCUUGAAGAUCGUUCUCGGAUGAGCAUGCCUUGCAGACCCGAGGCAGUCGGCGGUGACCAGAGCGAUACCAGUAGUACUGCCUCAGCCAGCAGCGCCCACUAUAUUGGUUUUAGUCCUCCCUGUCACCGACAAACACAUGGGGGCGUGGGGCUGAGGACGGAAAGCUCACCCGAUGGAGAAAGCCCAAAGAACACCGAUAUUGACGGGGAGAUGUACGACUUCUCUACCCAUGCACCUUUGCGCGCCAAGCGCAGCACCAGUCUUAGGAGACACUCCAUACCAAACAACUUGCACCAGUCCUCCUCUGCCAAUAGCACGUCUAGUAGGCCUGGGUCUGCGCACGGAGAUGCCAAACAGACAGACGAGUCAAGAAGACAGCGUGCACUUCCUGCCAUGCCGCCACAACGUACAACAUCGGCCAAGAAGUCGCCACCGCUUCCACCUACUCGCUUUAGCUCCAUAUCCAGAGAGAAUACCGUGUCCCGAGAGAAUCCCGCGACCCAUAUGUCACAUCCCUCCGUCCCUUUGGGUCACGAUGUACAUCCGGGAAUACAUCCCAAUGAUAACCUGAAAGAUUCCAGUCGCCGGUCAAGCUCUACCACAGACGAUGACUCCAGGCGGUCCUCUCGUUCCCAGUCUCCACACCGUACCACAGGAAUGCCAGUAGGCACAGACACUUCCGGUCGUCCAUUACCGAACGUUCAAAGAAUCGUUACAAGCGCGGUGUCUUCAUCAAACAAAAUUAGACCAAUGACUGUGUUUAGCUCCGAGAGCCCGUUUAGCUCAGAUAGCGACUUUGAGCACACAUAUGACCGCCAGACACCCUCCAGGUACAAGCAGGCUAGCGCAGACAGACCACAAAGGCGCAGAGAUUCCGACGACAGACAGGCGAGAUACUCGUGGCAUGGAGUGACGUCACCAUCACGUGGUACGUCAAAUCGCGUACCACAGGCACAGCAGGCUCAUAUUGUGAGGAAUGACUCAAUACCGCGUAUUGUAACUGACGUUAAGAGCCUGGGCCCUACAAUUGCGAGAACUAAAUCCCUCUCUUCUACGUCAUCAUUUGCAUCUUUUAAUCACGAAGAUGAAGAAAAACCGUGGUAUGAGGCCGAUGAUGAAGUAUAGGGUUCCUUCUGCCUCUUGUGGAUCAUUUGGUCUUGUAGUAGAUGUUGUAUAAGCAAAAGGCAGGUAAAGACAGGAUAGCGGCGUUUAUUAACCCUUCUAUUCCCAGUCCCACUCUGGGUGAGUCGCGCCAGUACCACUCCAUGGGAGUCAGAGUCGCCCUCGGGUUCCUGUGUAUGGGCCACCGUCGGUAUUCAUUCGUCGCACCAUCGAGUUUUCGGCGGUUGUUCGGCCCACCAUCGUGUUUUCGGCGAUGCGAUAGCCUCUAACAGAUGAUAAAUAUUUAGUAUUUUAAUUGUAUAUAUAUAUAUAUAUUCUAAAUUCUCUUAACCCUAACAACAAGAGAAACGAUGUAUAGUAGAAGGGAAGAUUACUACUUUUAAACACAAACAGAGAAACAACAUAUAAGCGUAGGGAGAUUAAAAGGGUCGAUGACGCGAGAGCACAUGUGUAAACCGAAUGUCUGUAUUGCCCCGGAUUGUACAUAUGAGAAUUAUAAGGUGUCUUGACAGAA